ACAUCUUCAUUCCAAACUUCAUCUUAUCCAAAAACUUCAAUCUAGUUCUUCAAUAACAAAACCCCACAAAACAUGACCUUAUUUUCCCUCACUGGAAUAAAAAAUAAAACCCACCAUUCCAAAAUAUAUUAAGAUAAAGGAAGAAACUUACCAGACUUUUAAGAUAAGAAAAACACAGAUUGAAGGAGCGGGACAAGGAAGACUUGUUGGAAUUGAAGAGAAUACUAGUAUGUUACUCGGGUUUACCGGGUCAACCCGUGAAAUUCCGGGUUUUGGCCCGCGCACGAACCGAACCCGGGAUUCACGGGUUUUCGGUUAAAAAGCUCAUCCCUGGUACUUUAGGUAUUAUUAAAGAUAAUGGGCUAAAUCAAAUAAAAUUACACUCACAGCCCAUCUAUUGUUAGCAGUACCCUACUAGCCUAGAAAAAGAAAGCGCGUCUCUUUGGCAGAUAUUUGAUAUGGAUUCUCCUGUCCAACACCGCUUGUACUCGAUCAAGCUUUGGCCUCCUAGCCAAAACACAAGGCAAGUGCUCGUGGAGCGCAUAAUAAAGAAUCUCACAACUCCAUCAAUUUUAUCAAGAAAGUAUGGUCUUUUAAGCAAAGAAGAAGCAGUCGAAGAUGCUAAGCAAAUCGAGUCUGCAGCCUAUGCUAUUGCAAACCACCACUUUGAAAAGGAGCCAGAUGGUGAUGGUGGUUCUGCUGUGCAGUUAUAUGCUAAAGAAUCGAGUACACUAAUGGUGGAAGCUGUCAAGAGAGGCCCUAAAGAAAAAGAGGAAGAAAAAUCUUUAUUUGACAUUUCCCGAGGAGUGCGAUCUUUCAUUGAGGAUGAAGAGGCUAAGGAACUGCUAAAACCACUGCAAGAGCCUGGAAACAAGUAUACCAAGAUAUGUUUUAGCAACCGAAGUUUCGGGUUGAAUGCCGCCCGUAUUGCUGGCCCCAUUUUGUCCUCUCUCAAGGGGGGUCAGUUGACUGAUGUUGACCUAUCAGAUAUUGUUGCUGGAAGGUCAGAGGAAGAGGCCCUUCAAGUAAUGAGUAUGUUCUCGUCAGCUCUUGAAGGUUUUGGCCUGAGGUAUCUCAACCUUUCAGACAAUGCUAUGGGCGAAAAAGGGGUUAGGGCAUUCAGUGCGCUUUUGAGUUCACAAAGUAAUCUCGAGGAGUUGUAUCUCAUCAAUGACGGUAUCUCUGAGGAAGCUGCAAAGGCUCUGUGUGAGUUACUUCCGUCCACAGAUAAGUUAAAAAUUCUUCAUUUUGCUAACAACAUGACUGGAGAUGAUGGGGCAGUUGCCAUUGCUGAGAUUCUGGAAAAAUCUCCAUUGUUAGAGGAUUUCAGGUGUUCGUCUACUCGGGUUGACUCUCAAGGGGGAAUUGCGUUGUCUGAAGCACUUGCCAAGUGUGCCCAUCUGAAAAAGCUAGAUCUUCGUGACAAUAUGUUUGGAGUUGAGGCUGGGCGUGCUUUGAGUAAAUCUGUCUCUGAGUUUACCCAUCUCUCUGAAAUUUACCUCGGUUACUUGAAUUUGGAAAAUGAUGGAACUUUAGCACUUAUCGAGGCUCUCAAAGCUUCUGCCCCUCGCCUAGAAGUUCUAGAACUAUCUGGAAACGAAAUUACUUCUCAAGCAGCGCCUGCAUUAGCAUCCUUUAUGGCUGCGAGGAAAGAAACUCUAAAGAAGAUAAUUUUAUCUGAGAAUGAAUUGAAAGAUGAUGGUGCUAUAGUGAUUGCAAAUGCUCUUGAGGAGGAUUUUCCACAGUUGGCCGAAGUUGACCUGAGCACCAAUCAGAUUAGAAGGGCUGGAGCUCGAGUCCUGGCCCAGGCAGUUGUAGGUAAACCAGGAUUUAAGUUGCUGAAUAUUGAUGGUAACUUCUUAUCUGACGAAGGGGUUGACGAUGUGAAAGAGAUUUUCAAGAAUUCGCCUGAUCUGCUUGGAAGUUUGGACGAAAAUGACCCUGAUGGUGAAGAGUAUGACAAUGAGGCUGAUGAGGAUGAGGAUGGGGAUGGUGACGAUGAUGACGACGAGUUGGAAUCCAAACUCAAGGGGCUUGACAUUAAGCAGGAAGACAAUUAGAGGUCACCUUUUUGGUAUGACUUUCUCUAGCUUGCUUUGGUUCAAAUUUAACAUAUUUAGGAAGCUAAUCAGAAAUCCUUUUGUAGGAUAUGGAUGGAUGUUUUGUUUUGUAUCUUUUAUUUGAAUUAUUAUUAUGUAUUUGUCAGUUGGCACUACUUAUUAGUUGCAUUUGUACUCUAUAUUAUGGCACCUGGUGGUGUUUUUCUUAA